AGGUAUGCGAUGCCUACGGUAGAAAGACCGCUCUGGGCGUCACCACGCUACAGCUGAUUUUGGGGCCGUUGCUAAUGGCAACCACCACCACAUACGCACAACUGAUGGUUGGUCGCAUCAUCACUGGCUUGGGUGCAGGGUAUGCUUUUGUGGUGGCUCCUCUGUACGCGGCCGAGAUAGCCCCGUCGCAUAUUCGGGGUACCUUGGUGGCUGUGGCUGAGGUUUGCAUUAACUUCGGUGUCUUCAUGGGUUACACUCUGGCGUGGGCGCUGAAUGGGCUACCGGACUCGUGGGAUUGGCGUUUGAUGAUUGGUGUGGCCGUGAUUGUACCUGUAGCCACUCUUAUGUGCUUGCCUUUCAUACCUGAAACACCCCGAUGGCUGGCGUCUGAAGGCAGACGUGAGGUGGCUAAGGUAACGCUUAAAGGCAUCUAUAAGGAGGAGAACCUGGUGAAGUACCAUAUGAAUCAUAUCGAUCAGAUGUUAGAAGAAGAGGCCAAGCACCCAGAGGGCAGGUGGACGGAUGUGCUGUGUCCCGACGCCACUACCAAACGCGCGCUGACGGCCGGAGUGGGGAUCGCACUGUACCAGCAGAUCAGUGGGUCGGAGGCUGUGGUGUACUACACACCCAGCAUCCUGGUCAAUGCUGGCUUGGGCGAGGAUGAGCAGGACAACACCGUACUGCUCAUGACCAUGGCCGUUGGGUUUGCGAAGUUCUCUGCCGCGUGUGUGGCAGCGUACACUGUGGAAGACCAGGGUCGUCGUCCCACAGCCAUAGUCUCGUGCUUGGGAACAUCCCUGUGCUUGCUGGGUCUAGGCUUAUCCACCUCAGCCGGUCUGUCUGUGCUUGCUGUGUUGCUGCUGUGCUCGUUUAUGAUCCUAUUUGAGCUGGGGUUAGGUCCGUUGCCUACAGUGUUGGGCUCGGAAGUGUAUGAUCAGCGCAUCCGUGCGAGGGCCAUGGCAUUUGGUCUGUUCCUGAAUCGCCUGGUUUCAGGAACGAUUGCCGCGCUAUUCCCACUCAUUACGGAUUUGGUAGGAGCGCCCGCGAGUUUUUACGUAUUCUCUGGCAUCGGCUUUACAGGUGUAAUCUUCUCCUACUUCUAUGUUCCGGAGACAAAGGGUUUGUCGUUGGAAGAAGUUCAGCUCCUGUUCACGGACAAGAAAGGAGCAACCAUGAAAAAUGCGCGCGAAAAUAGUAAUCUCGACAAUGCUCUAUCGAGUGUAGGUGGGGGAGGUGAACGGUUACAACAAGAGGCACUCUAAUCCACAAUUUGUAAUUGUAUCUAGCUGAUUAAAGCGUAUAUAUAUAUAUAUAUAUAUACUCAUUCAUUGGAUGGGAG